CGUUUACCCUGAUUGGAUUUUAGUAUAGAUGUCUCCGAUCUCCCUCCCGGACUCCACAACCAUUAUCUUUUUCACCUGACUAUUGUUAUCUACCGCCGAAAACCCUUGAGAGCGAUGGCUACAAUAGCGGCCACUGCAGCCCGUCGAGCUGCAUCUCUGGCUCGGAUUUCAUCCUCUGCGACACCCGCUCAACCUGCCACUCUCAUUCCCCGGCGUGGAUUUGCCGGCGCAGCAGAUCAUCAUGGACCACCAAAGAUCAAUUGUUGGCAAGAUCCAAUGAGUCCAUCACAAUGGAAGGAAGAGCAUUUUUGUUUGACCUUUCAAUCUGGAAGAGGAAAUGCUCGAACCCCAUAUCCUCCAUGUCCUUCCCACUGGAAAAGUGGAAAUACUAGCAGUGGUGGUCACAGAAACCCAAAGUUUGUGAUUGUCUCCUUAUCUGGUUGGGGUCUACUCUUCUAUGGAGGAUACAAGUUCUUCACUGGAGGCAAGGACAAGAAGGAAGAGAAACUGGUGGAAGCAGCAAAUUAAGAUGUGGAGGUCUUAAUCGCCACUCAAACGUGUCUGUAAUAAUUUGUUUUGCUGAAACUUCACAUGCUGUGGGAUUUGGUUUUUUCUUGUAAUACAAAACAGCAAGUUCUAGCACCUUUGGAAUUUCUUGAGAAUGACCAGAUGAUCAAGAGAGGAGGCCGAUUGCUUUCUAAGGAGACGAUCAAUUCAUUUUCUUGCACUUUUUGUGGUUGCAUUGAGCACUUUAUGCAUUAACAACUAUGUUUAAAUAAUGUGAUGGCAUCAUUAAGGUCCUAGUAGAUUAAAAGGGAUCAAAUUAUGGUUUGUGUGAAAUGUUGGCUCAAGCUGACCGGCGUUAAUCCAUAAUAUGUGAUGGUAAAUUGAAGA